AUGACCUUAGCCAUUAUAGCUACCUUUUUUGUUGAUGAUUUUGAUUAUCAAUUUGCUAUAUUCUUUGUUAUGUUUGUAUCAGGUGGUAUCCUAGGCUGUGCUAUGGCCCUUCGAGUCGAGAUGAUUAACAUGUCACAAAUGGUAGCAGCGCUUCACAGUUUUGUCAGCCUCGCUGCCACUCUUGUAUCAUUUGGCCACUAUUUGCUUCACACUGAUCAGGACAACUUAGCAAGAAUUGAGACAAACCUUGGAGUCUUUAUUGGAGCUGUCAUUUUUACAGGAUCAGUUGUUUCAUGGGGAAAAUUAGAAGGAUUCAUAAGAAGCCAGCCUUUAAUAAUACUAGGAUGGGGGCGGCAUGUGAUUAAUAUCUUAUGCAUAGCCGCUUGUACAAGAACUUUUCUGUUAUAA